ACUGAGACAUCUAACAACUUAGAAGUGAUAGCGGCAAUACCGAGAGAACAAAAUUCAAAUCCAAAAUGCAAUAGAUAUUUAGUAACAUAUCGUACAGAGGUGAAAUUCUUAGCACAAAGUUAUCGCUUUGUAUUUUGCUUAGAUAUGAGCCCUUCACAUGCCAAUGUCGAUACAGAGAAAGGGGAAAUCCUUUUUGAUGAAAUACUAAAUUGCUUCAAGAUAACUGUUGAAGCUCUCUGUAGAGAAUUCAGAGUACCAGGAAAUCCUUUUGUAUUUGAGCCAUUUAUAUAUUUGACAGUUAUUGUCAAUACACCUUUUUUUUUAAGUCCUGCUCAGCAAGUCUUGGUUAAAGGUGUGAGAAUAUCUCAGAGUAAUUUGAAGGAAAUUGUCAAAUAUGUUGAGAAACAAUUUCACUUACUGGAGGAGAGAAUAGCUGAUGUUUCUGCUGCAGCACUGGAUCAGUUGGAUUUUCAACGGACUCAGAAUGAAGGGCUAGUUGGUGAUUUAUUCGACUUGCCAGAGUCAGGAAAGAUGUAUUCCAGAAUACCAAUGGUUACACCUGAUGUUAAUUUUGUAAAUAUGUUACGCUAUUCAAUGCUAGCUAUAUCUCUCCUACCAGAGAAUAGCAUAAGCCAUAUUCUAGUCAUAACUGAUGGGGUAGUUGCAAUGCCAGACUCAAAUAUAAUGGAAUCACUACUAUUUCAACUACACUAUGAUAGAAAAUGAACCGUCCAAGGAGAUGAAUAUUUACCAGGAGUUGUUUUUAUUUUGGUCUUUUCAUAAUGAUGAAAAAAACGCUUGUUCUAAAAUUUGUGAUAAUAAAUGGAGCUCAUCCAAUGUAACCUUUUGUAGUCAUACUGUGCCAUCUUUAGUUUCCAAACGACAGACUGAUGAAAAUACGACAGCAUCCUUUAUGCUUUUGUUGUCGAGGAGAAUGAGGGAAGGAUUCACAGUAGAUAAAGUUAGAACACAGUGGCCUGUUGUGAAAAAUCUAACAAAUUUUGAAGUAUUUAUAACAGCCCCCUAUGAAUUUCUUCACGAUAUUACUUGCAUAUUGAGAAAGGAAUCCAAGUCUUUAUACAGGCAAGCCAUUAUCGAAAGAUUCUGGAUGAGGUUGUCACAGCUGUCAACUGGUGACUUACGUUUAGCUCAGCAAAUGAGCUCUUUUCCAUCAAAUAAAGAUUGGUAUACUCUAUCGGAAAGUGUUCGUAAUGGUAUACCAGUUUAUGUCUUGAAUAACUCAAGUUUUACCGAUGCCACAAGGCUAUUGCUAACUCCAAGCAAUCACUCCUGCUUAAAAUUUGUGAAUACAUGGCAACCUAUCUGUCAAAUGGAGAGUAAUAAUUGGAGAAAAUGGUUUCAUACACAAAAAGUAUCUCUCAUAUUGCAACAUGACAAUCUACCAAAGUACUUACAUCUAGCGAAUUCUUCACAAAGAUUUCAGGUUGUUCAAUGCAGACACUCAUCUACUGCCUUAUACGGACUACUAGCUGAUUGGGCAUCUUUCAUUUUGAUAGAGAAUCACACUUACUUGAAAUUUUUGUAUAAAGAAAGUGACAAACCACCUACCUGGUUCUGCAUAAUUCGAAUUUCCUCAAAACUUCCUUGUAUUGUGCUGAAUAUUGGAUUUUUUACUGGAACUCCUGGAAUCAUACGGCAUAAAGUUUGUAAUGAUUUGAAAAGUGGAAUAGCAGCUUUGUCUUACCAUCAGAGUAACGUGAAAGCUAAAGAAAAUGCUUGCUGUAUGUUACUACAAAAACCUCUUGAAAAAAUUCUCAUCAGAUACGAACGUAUUCCAAAUAACUACACGACUGUGAUAUUUCCUGAUGGAACCCAACCCCCGCAUUCAUCUGUGAAUGUACCCCCUCCUGUAAUAGGCACUUUAUUCACAACACUAUCACGAUAUCUCUUUCAUAAGAGAUGGAUUUGGAGUGCUAGUCUUCCAGGAUACUCUAAACUGCCUGAUCAAUCGAUAUCCAGAAUUCUGAAUAUUUUAACAAAGAUGAGAAUAAAGGAAGGCUUCAGUUUUGCUCAUUCAGCCUCCGGCAUCGUAACAAUGGUGUUGGAACUCGAAAUGGAACCCAGCGCAACAUGCGUAGUACAAUACGUUCUCUUUCCUCCUCACUGGGCCUACUCAUGUAAUGAUGAUGAGGCAUAUAGUGGAUCUGAUGAUGAUAACGAACAAUCUUCAGAAAAUGAAGCAGAGUUACAGAUGAUCACCGAGGUAUGGAUUGAACCGCAAUAUGGCAAAGUUGUACCAAGCAGUCCUCGAAUUUCAUAUACUGAUGAUAAACAUUAUUAUGAAAUAGCUGAUGUGAUAUAUACCGUAGAUCUCCAGUGUAUUAAUGCAUUAUUGACAAUGGAACAUUUGAGCUUGAUGUGCCAAGAAAGAGAAGACGACAAUCUCUCCCUCAAUCAAGUUAGUCAGACCACUUUGACUACUUGUCGAAAAAACUGUUCACGUAGAGAUAGCAGAAAUAGUCAUUUGGAUUCUCCUUCUGUAGCUGAAAAAGGGUGCCAGUGGUAUCCUAUAGUUUCUCCAAGAAUUGAACACAUUCCAUUUAACUUUGACCCAAUAAAUAUUCUUCCGUUAUGUCAACAAACCGAACUAUUAUUUUCAAUGUUCAUCGAAGGUAGAGGUAAAAGUUACUCAAACAAUAAUCAAAGUGAUAAACCUAAUAGACUACUGUUGGAUAAUAUCUUGGAACAUUUAGGACUCCUGCAUGAUCAAGAAUUACCACUGACCAAAGAAGAAUCUGAUAGGUUUACACAAGAAAUUUUAAAGAGACAUAAGAAUAAACAUCCUCAUGUUUGUCCAAUAUCAGAAAAUGCUUUAAGUAGAGGUAUUUCAAAGGAGAGUGAUGAAAAGACUGAAUCCCAGUGGCGAUGUUUUAUCAAGGGAGUUUCUGUUACUCAUGUAAUAUUAACUUUCAUUGUUUCAACACUGGACGAUCUUAAGGCACUCAUGACUUCAAAUUGUACAAACAUUCCAAACCGCAAUGAAAGUGAAGAGAGUAUGGAACGUGUUUCCUCAAGGGGAAGCAACUUUAGCGAUGUUCCUAUAAAUACAACAAAUUCUCUUUGUUUGCCAAUAUAUGUGUUCGAUUGCCCAUUAGGUAGAAUAGUUAAUGCCUAUGUUAAUAAAUAUGAAGAACUCCCUUCCUCUAAUGAAGAUAUUUAUGAAGAUCACCGCUUCAAAAGCAACCUUUUAUUGCAGGAGGAAUGUGUUAAGAUAAGAGGAGAAGCGAAUUUCGAUGAAUCAGAAAAAUCAAAUCAACAAUCUGAACCUGAACAAAAUAGUGUUAAACAUCAUUGUAGAACUGUGGCAGUUAGCCAUUCCAAAUGUUUUACUGUCUCGUUAUUCGUAGCGUUACAUUUGGGGGGAUACAUUAACAGCUGUGAUGUUCAGUCAGUCAUGGAUCAGUGUGAAGAAACAAUCACAGAAGUGGAUAUCACGGAGUACAUUACAACUAUUUGUGGUCAUAUCAAACAGUCCGUUUCUGAUAAAUUACCUAUAAAGGAACUUAACCAAGCCUCUCCCUGUUAUGAUGUAAAGUCCCUCCACAUGCUAAUCAAAGAAAAUUUUUCGAAAUUAAUUGGCACUAUUUUCAAUCCAAUACCCACUCAUGAUGAAUUUUAUUUUUACAAAAAUUUAACAAAUCUAGAUGUUGAUGAUUUGGUACCUGAUAGUGAUGAUGAAAAUUCGGAUAAUCAUUCUGAAGUUGUUGAGUUCAGAUCUGAGGAAACAAGCAGUUUUUCCGAUCAGGCACAUGUCCUACACAGGAUGGAGAGUGGUGUUAGUAAUAUGAGUUACAUGACAGGCUUUAGCGGAAUAACUAAUAUGAAUAACAAUCAAAUUAGUCCGUUAUUCUUACAUCUCAUUUGUACCGUGAGAUACAAUGCGGGGGAAUGUUCCAACACUUCCAUAAGGGUCCUACCUACUUGUUUAGGUGAGCUGAUUCAGUCCUUGGAAAAUCCCACUGAUUAUAUUGACAGAUCAACUUUACAAGUUAGUCUUGAUAUGCUUUGUCUCACUUUACCAUCAGAUGUUCAGAACAUAAUUAGUGAUUAUUCAGCUCAAGGUUUAAGAACUACAUCAUUUUCUUCUGAUGGAUUUCAACCUAGUAUAUCAAGUGAAUAUUCUGAAGCCAGUUUUAUGUCUCAAGUUUCUGAACCUCUGAAACAUCUGUCGGAAUCUCAGAAGCAAUCCAUUUCUUCAAUCAGUUCCGAAAUAAAAUGGCUUUUGAAAGAUGAAAUUUGUACUGCCUUAUUAGAUGUUGAUCCUGUUACGUCAAAGACUCUAAACUAUGUCAUGGAUCAUGUUAGUACUAGCAGCCCAGACAGAACAUCAUGUGUCUUAGAUGUUAUACACCUGAAUUUCGUCUAUCCAUUGCAAAGCCACGGGAAGUUUGUAGAUGAAUUUUCAAAUCUCAAACUUCCUUACAGUGGAUACAAGCUGUGUAAGAAAGAGGAUAUAUACUAUCUAGCAAAGGAUCGUAUAGAAACAGUUUUAGAUCGUAAAGAAAUCAAUUCUUUCUCACAAACUAUCUCAGUGGAAAACAGCAUCGAUGGUUCUCAGUUGGUUAACUUAUCAAACGAGCUUCAUAAUUAUGCAGGAUCUAAUGUAAAUGAUCUGUGUAAUUCUUCUGAAGAGAUGGUGACCGGUGAACCUAGUUUUCGGGAGCGGGGAUCUCUGCAAAGUGAUAUAUCAAGUAUAAAUGAGAGUGGCCCAGGUACAGAUGGUGGUUAUGACGACGAUGUUAGUGAAGAUUAUGAUGAAUAUGAGUGGCUGAUCACACUAAAUAAUAAAAGAGCACAUUUACCUAAUUUCUGGCUGAUAAUGAAGGUCAGCCAAGAUAUUGUGACAAUAUAUUUCCAUUGUCGUUUUCUGGAGCUGCCGACUAUCCAGGUUCGUGUUUAUUUGGAGGUGCAGCGUGCAAUGCGUCAGGCUGUCAAGGAUUUGUGUAAAAAGGUCAAUCAGUUACUUCUUCUACAAACUCUUUAUGAGACAAAAAUCUGUGAUCCACUACUAGAACCUGAUGAUAACAAUGAUAUUUGUAAUUCACCGAUAUCUAGAAUUCCUUCGUUUAGUCGUCUGAAGAGUUUUGAAUAUCAUGAUAAUGUCGAAGAUAACGAUUUAUUUGUAUGUUCUCCAUCUUUGUCAACGGCAUCUUUAAAUUUCAAAGUGGGAGAAUUCACCUGUCCGGUGGUAUGGGAAACUCCAUUUUUGUUACAUCCUCGAUUGAAAACAGGUCCUGGAAAAUCAGGCAUAUCCAGGGGAAUUUUAGCAUUGAAAAAUAUUUUGGAUAAGUUUUCAGUCUCAAAUAGAAAUAAUAUGUUUGUUUAUAGAAAUUGUCAACAUAAUGUCUUCUAUCUCAGGCUUCAUGAAAAUACACAUUAUUCUGGCAAUAAGUCUUCAAUAAGAACUGGUGACUUUGAAAGUGGCAGUGUGUCCAGAAGUCCAUCUAUAGCUUCGCUUCCAUUUUAUCAAAAUAAAUCAACACUGACUCAAUCAGAGCAGAGCAUUAUAUCAGCAACUUCGGGUGACAUCAGGCCAAGGGUGAGAUCGUUUGGAGAACGAGAGAGUAAUAAUUUUCCAAAUGAAGAUACUUUGAUUUUGAAAGUUCAUGGAAUAACUGAAGCAGGAUCUGAUGUGCAGAACGAUUUGGUUCAAGUACUACAGAAUCGGUUAGAUGAUGCAGUCCUAGAAUUCUUGUCAGUGAUGUUGUCGAGAAAUGCAAUGUGUCCUUUGACCCCUGAAGAUGUUCAUUUCAUUCAAAAGCCUUUCCGCCCACCAGAAAUCAUUAUAAGGCUGACAGUUCAAAAAUUUGCUCUCCGAUGGUUGGAAUCCUUUAUACACUACUUGAAACAGAACCUAUUACAGUUCUUGAAUGUACCAAAGUACACUGAUUCAAGAUCACACUUUCACUUCAAAGAUUAUGUUGAAGAAGAAGCGAACCAAUUUGUUUUUGAUGAAAACAUUUUCAUAUACAACCAGAGCCAGAAUCCUGCUUCAGGAAAUCGUGGAAUAGCUUGUAUAGCAGUAGCUUUCAUCAAUAAUUCUGACAAGAAUAGUCCCUCUCCCAGUGAGCAUUCACUUUUUGACAAUAUUUUUGAAACAGAAGAAUUUGCAGCUUCUGUUACAUCUGAGAUUAUUGAAGGUAAAUAUGCAUUACUUCACAUUAAUACUAAUAAUAAUAGUGCAGCUGUAUCUCAAGCUACUUGGGAUAUUGUAAUGGAAUAUUAUCUAUUGAAAAAGUCAUUGUGUAUUCAAAAUUUGUCUGUGAAUAGGUGUAGUGAACAGGCGAGCCCUGUUAGACUCGAUUCUUCAAAAAUGAAUUUUGAUAAUGAAAUUGAAUUUAACUGUAUGCUGGAUACAAACAGUGAAAAAAACAUUCGAGAAUCUAUAUUGAACCUUGAAAAACCUAAACUUGAAAUCUUUCGGGCAAGAAAAAAAAGAAUUAGGACAAUAAUAACCCCAACGCCCAAAACAAAGAGAUCAAUAACUUUUGACGAUGAUGAUAAGGAGAAGGAGCCUAGUAAAGAAAAAAAUCAUAUACCCUUGUUGAAACCUGAUAGAUAUGAAUGUGGUGAAUCAGGGAUAUUAUCUGUUGCAUAUUCCAAAUAUCUACCAAACUGGUUGGCGUUUGGACACAGCCUCAACACUCCAUCUGUUAAAAAAAUUAAAAUUAAUCUCAAUAAUCGACAUUUACCACAUAUUAUAAUUGCAGAACUGAUGAAUAUACUUCAGGAUUCCCCCAGAUCCUUUCGAUGCAUUCCCACUAAUCCCAUCAAAAGUGAGAGUGAAGAUGUGUAUGUACCUUACAUUGCUUCUAAUGUUGUAUCCAAGUAUGUUAUUAUUUCUCGUAACCUCGAACAUUGGGCUGCAACGGUUUCAAUAAGUAAUGCUAGUGAAGUUCCUGACUUUAUGAGCCCCCAUUCCUUGAAACAUUCUCAGAGAUUUGUUCCUGCAGUCAACAACAUUUCUUUCAUUCCAAGGCAGAAAAUUUUAUGGGUUUCCGUAGAGAGUGACAGCAUCAUCAUGUAUGCUUACAAUUGGGCCAAGGAUCAUAUCGACAAGCUGAAUGCUAAUUGUACUAAUCUGGGUUCAUGGCUUUGUGUUAGAUCCUGUUUUCUAAACUCUGUAAUAUCACAGAAGUUGGGAAUAUUUCAUAACCAACCUCUAACAAGAAAAUCCUUAAUGAUAGCAAGUAAUCCAUAUGUGAGUCUGAUAGGGAAUGUUGAUGCUAUGAGCUCUUUUCCAAAGGAUUUUUCUCAGAAAAGGGUGCAACCUACAUAUAAUUUACCUGGUACUUUAGAAGCAUUUAGAGAUAACUUCAGAAUCCACUCUGGAUCAAUGGAUCCUGCAGUAGCAUUCACUUUCGAGAUACGAGAAAUAAAAUCCUUUGAAAAACGUUGCCGAGAAGAAAUGAAAACACUUCAUGCUAUGUAUCAGUCAAGAACAAGUUCAGUAACGGUACCUCAAAUAUAUUUGUUGCUGCAAAAUUCCCGCAUCAUCCAUUUCUGCCACACACCACUGUUAUUUUUACCCAGAUGGCGAUUGAAAAGUGCUUCCACUAGGGACCAUUCUCUAUAUCCUUCCCAAGCUAUACAAUUAGCAGAUAAAAUGGCAUCCCAGGAGAAAGAGAUGUGGCAUACAGAAUUGUGUUAUGGAUUUUUUUCUGAGUAUAGGCAUUAUAUGCAGACUUUAGGCUUUAUGCCUUUACAAAUAGAUAACCCUCCUAGUACCACCGGCUUGUUAGUUAGGGACAAGUCCUCUUAUAAUAACGUAUUUUAUAUUCAAAAAACUAUUUUAGGGGGUAUAUUAAUAUUUACUGUGGAGUUUUGUGAACCAUUUUUCCAUAUAAAGCUACUUGCAAUUGAAUGCAGUAGGCUGCAGAAUAUAAGUUCCAGAUCAUCUAUCAAUAGGUUCACUCUUAGUUUCUUAGAUGAGUGCGAUAGAGUGAAAAUUUUGAUGCACCUUCAUUCUUUUACAUACGAUUAUCAUCUUCGAUGCAUCUUCAAUUAUAUAUCAAACAAUUCCGGAGUAAACAAAGUCUGUGAAAGAUAUAACGUUCAUCAAUUCCUGGAUGACUUUAUGAAAUAUUACAAUAAGGCUCCUAAUUUUGCACAGAACUUGGUUCAUACAGAUACUUUGACCAUCAAAAAUCUUGUAACGGAGGGUAAACAACUCUAUGAUUAUUUACUGAAGAAUGUUGACCAGUAUAAUUUCAAAGUUUUCGAAAUGGACGUCCAUGAAAGUGAAUCCGAAUUUAUUUUGGUCCAAGUAACAAGUACAUCACAGGUCUCUUACAAAGACUCUCAAGAUCGGCAACAUACUGACGAUUUUGAUAUAACAUUAGUGGUUUAUAAUCACUGUAUGCCAUAUAGUCCUGAGGAUAAUGUACUUCAUUUGAGGUAUUAUUUAAUAUUGACGUCCAAGAGAGAAAUAUAUCCGAAAUCUGAAAUUGACGAAAAACUAGGGAAGUUUCGUACAGUUUCUUCAACAGCGAGAAGUCUAUCAGUUGUCGAAAUGGAACCAAAUGAAUUCGAAAUGAGCCAAGAGAAAAGUGUUGGUCAGGAUACACAAGUACUUACAAGUUCAGGAGAAUUUUUCAAUGCUUCUGGUAGCUAUGAAACUUGCGAUAAUGAUGAAUCAUGUACCAGCCAACAGUCUACUUCCUUACCUUAUGUUGAAAUAAAUCAGGAAUCAGUUAAUUAUUUGGGAUACUAUUCUUCACAUGAACAGCUGAUGCAGCAAUUGAUUUUGGAUAAAGCUAAUACAACUCAAAAACACAUCAAAGAUAUGGUCGAAAAGGGCAUGGUUCACUGUAGAACCCACUUACUUUGGAAUAGAUUAAUCUCUCCUCAUCAGUCAAGCGCUCUGACUUACCAAGAGUUUUUAGAACUGAAAAAGUUUGCAAGACUUGAACACAUCUGCCAUUUAUAUAAAAGUCUGGGAGCUCUUCUCAAUCAGCCUUUAAGUUGGUAUCAAGGACUUGCCAAAUUGUUGCUAGUAAGAUAUGUCGAUAAUCAUAGGACCUUCAUGUCUCCUGAUGGCAAUAUUCAGCAUUAUGUCAUUAUGCAUCAAGAAAACUUCGGUGCUUUCAUGCUGUUAUCAGUGGAUUUUCAGACGUCUCGAGGGGGUUUGUAUGCAGUUUAUAGAGAACCCCAGAAACAGGACAUGGAACUUACUCAGUCUCACCAGAAAUCUCUUCUAGAUGGUUUUGUGAAUUUUAUUUGUUUUUAUCUGUGGUCGGGUAUGAUUUGCAAUUGAUCGAAAUAUGAUUCUGUUAGUAGUUUUAGUUAAUACUGUUACCUCUACUUUAUAAAACAAAAGAAAUCUUCUUCAUGAGUUCUGUACAGAACUGAUGAACAAUAAAUACAUUGUCAGUUCAGUGAGCAGAACAGGGAAAACCCACAAAUGAUGAAGUGAUUAAUUUUCCACUAGUAUGUUUGAUCAUUCUUGUUAACCUUUUUGGGUAUCUUCACCUUCCACAAUCUGAAAAAAAUAAAAUUUGUAAUGGAGGAUAUUAUAUAGGUGUAGAACGGAAAAUUCCCCUCUUUUGUGUGCGACGGGAUGUCCGACACUUUGAUUUUGCCAGUGGCUUACGCAACAACCAUGACGUGACAGUAACGAAGCGUCUGCAGAAUGUUCCACAAUAAGUUUUUAUAAUUAUUUGAAUUACUUUUUCAUGUUUAUAGAAAUUAAUCAAAUUAUUUUGAUACCUUGUAGGCGUUUUGUUGCUUAAUUAAGGAUAGGGAAUAAGAUCAAACUUACUUUUACAAGUACAUCCUUCAUCUCUGAUUCACAGGAUUUGUGGAAGAAUGAACGGUGCUUGUUCAUCUAUUAUUCAAUUUUUAUUUUGCUCAGUGAAUGUUGACUCAUGUUGGAUCUCGUAACAGAUCUAUAAACUUUUUUAUGAAAUCAGGAAUUUUUACAACUCUGUUCGACUCCUUUGUGAGAUCAGUUGGUCAGAAAUGUGUCCACCAAAAAUCCGUUUUUCAAAAACGUGCACUUCCCUUAUUACCUGGAAUCUAAUUCAGAGAGAAGUCGAAUAAAGUUUAUGUGUAAACAUUUUUAUAUUGAGUAGAUAGGUGAAAAAUUAUGUAUAUAUUCAUUAUUCAAGUUUGACGAGUGAUAGGCAAUCAAACGUUCAAACACUAGAAAAAAAUCAACCCUGAGAACUUGUUGAAUACUCAUCCCUUUGAACCUAUUUUAACUUCCGUUGAUAUUUUUUUUUGUUUUAUCUUGAGUACAAGAUUAUACCUCUCACUCUCAUAUGAUGAAAUGCAACUGUU